AUGGAUCCUGGCCCACAACCGGAGGACCUUGCAAAAUUGACUCAAGUGGAGGAGAUGUUAAUUGCAUGUGUCAACCCAAUAUUGAAAGUUACACAUGUAAUAGGUGGUCAAUAUAAAUACAAGGGACACACUAUUAGUUUUCCCCAAAAUGUGGAGCAGGUUUCAAAUGUUUUGCCACAUUCGAUAGAGAAUUUGCCAAUUAUUAUUGUUAGAAGAAGAGAUCGGCGUGGCACAAAUUACCACUUUAUAGUCAAUAGGGAUGGUGUGUAUACAGCACUCAAAUACAAAGUAGAGCAUGAAAAAAUUUACUCAGAUGUCAGAAUAGAUCAAAAUGCUCUCAAUGAGCUGCCAAGAAAUUUUGAUGAAAAUAUAUUCAACAAAUUGAAAAGUGUGCAGAUGGAAUUUGACUUAGAUGUAAAUGAAAUCACAUUUGUGGGUCCCAUCAUGGAGAUUGAUGAAGGUAAUAUAGUUGAGCACACAACGUCAAUGGCUUCGAGACCACCUAAUGCCCAAAGAAAAAUGGAAUUAAUUUGUGCAUGGGUUAAUAAUCCUAAUGCAAAUCCAACAACAUUGAUUGAUUGGCCAAAAAUUUGUGCAUCUCCAAUCAAUGAAUAUGUCACAUUAGGGUUACUUGAUAUGGCAUUUCCAACAUUAUUUCCUGAUGGUAGAUAUGACAGGUUAGAACCAAGAAUGAGGCAAGUGCACUUGCAUGAAUUUGUCAAGCAUCUAUUACGGUAUAGGGAUCAUCAUUUUGGUAAACAUCCAAGAUUUGGAUAUUUUAUGAUGAACAUGAUAAUGAGACACCGUGCACAGAAUUCAUCUACACUGUUUGCAAAAAGAAAUUUACAAGACAUCCCUAUCACCAUCAACGAGCUAUGCCAGCAUAUGGAGAGCAUGUCACAAUCUAAUUUAUCUGAUAGGUUGAUGCAGUUUGGAACUAAUUUAAGGGGUACCAGAUCGUACUGGGCUAAAUGUCAUGCAGAAUUGACAGACACGCUUCACCAAAUUGACACUCCUACAAUAUUCUUCACUCUAAGUGCAGCAGAUAUGUACUGGCCUAAUUUGCAUGCAUUAAUGCCAGGAACAUCCCCGACUACUUCACAGGAAGCUCACAAUUGGAGAAAGAAUAAUGUUAUUGACUAUCCUCAUAUAGUCACACAUUACAUGCAUUUAAGACAUACAAUAUUUGGAAAAGAGAUUUUAGAAAAAGGAAUGAAUGUCAAAGAUUAUUGGUGUAGAUAUGAGUGGCAACAUAGAGGUUCAUCACAUGUGCACUGA